AUAAUCUCGGUGUUUUGGCAGGAGCAAUCUCUUUCUCGAUUUGCAAUGCAACCAUGGAUUCCCAGAAGGACGUGCUGGGGGAUGAUGAAAAGGCACUUCUUGCCAGAAGGCUACUGGCAGAAGCCUGUAUGAAGGAAGGAUUGGAUGAUACAUACUGGCUCCCCAAACUGUCUGAGGUACUGGGAGUGAAGUCCAUAGAAGCCCUGAAACAUCUGCAAUAUGAAGACUACCUGAAGCUGGAGUGCAAAGUUCGGUACCCCUGGGAAACCAGAGCCCUCCGAAAGCUCCUACAAGUCACAGACAGCAAAGCAACUUCUGAGGAGCUGCAGAAGGAGCGCCUGAAGAUGACAAAGCAGAGGCAGGAAGAGGCCAAGCAAGCCCUGAAGGAGCUGAAAGAAUAUCAUGAGAGCCGCAGCCACAGCAAGGACGUUAUGAAACAGAAAGAGGAAGCUCUGUGGCUUGAGGAGAUAAGAACCCUCCUCAAAAAGCACAAGGGAUUCAAAGACUGGGAGAUGCUGGAGAGUGACUUGAAUUCUUUCAUCGAGGGGCACGUGGAUGACACAUGGGAUGAGCUGAAGAAAGCCAGUAUAAUCCAAGACAUAGAAGACACUUUUCAAAGGGUAGAGCCUUCCAGUCAGUCCAAAUCCAAACCAGAAGGCAGUGAAUCCCAAGCAAACCAACCUGUUGCAAACCAAGAGUUUCUCCAUUUGCUUGAGCGCCUUGGGCUAGAAAGUCACUACCCAAGGAAAAUGGGGACAGAAGACUUCCAUAUCAUAUACAAGACACCUUUACAUGACAGUCAGCCCAGCAAGGACAGCGAGCUACCAUUUUACUUCUUGCAAAAGCUUUUGACUGUGGACUAUAGAGUGAGGUACCUGACCUGCAAGAACCAGAGCAACCCAGUAGCAGCUGUGCCCAAACCCACAGAGCAAGAGUGUGAACCUUCAAAUUCCUUUGAUGACUUUUUCUCUGAUUUGGAGGAACAAGCAUCUGAAUCUGCAGCUGGGGACAGCCAUGUGCACCCCAUGGACCUCCAGAUGGCAAUUUUCCAUUGUGCUGAUGACUUCAUGAGGCAAUACAUCUCAACAAAACUUGCUUUCUGCCAGUUUGCGUUACCUCUCCUGGUACCAAACCCCUGCACUUCACAGAUUGAGUUCCCGAUCUGGUCCCUCAGCCAAAUCAAAAAGAGCUGGAAGGAGGCUGAGAAGCUGGGAGAGCAAACAAGGAUUAACAGUUACAAAAACAAACUCAUUUACCAGGCAGAGACACCCAUCGUGUCCUUCAUCCGCAUCGGCAGCUCUCCCUCCUCCUCCAAGUCUCAAAUCCUGAACUCUUUGCUGAGCCAAUGCAAGCAUGACACUUUUUUCCACCGCCACUGCCAAGGCAGCACCAGAGACUGUUUGCUGAUGAAAGGUGUGGUGGAGAUCUCCUGGUACUGCCCCAGGGGCAGCGACGAUGACAGCUUUGACUGCUGCGUGGCCUUCUGUAACCUGCGUGGGGACGCGAGGGAUUCCGAAGAGCAGCUGCGUUUUCUGCAGGAGAUAUCUGCUGUGAACGUGGCUCUGGUAGCUGAGUCUGAUCAGAGUGACAAGAAAGGGAUGAUGAUUUUACGUCAGCUGUGGGAGUCGCAAAGGCCUUUGGUUUGUCUUUUCACUGAAAAAGAGAAAGUCGCAGCUGGACGAUCUGGCCACAAUGUAAGAAUAGGUAUCAAGAACAGAAACGAAGCAGAAUUAGUGGGUGAGCUGACCAAGACAAUCAAAGAUCUGCUGGAAGGGUCUAACACACUUUUCAGCCUCGAUGGCUGCCAGGACAAAGCUCGCAAGCACGGCUUCUUAGUGGAUGAAGAUACAGCAGCGUGUGUGGCGGCCAAAGAAAAGGCAAAGGCGCUGGUGAAGCUUCUGAAGAAGGAGAGGUUGCGUGACAUGAAAUCCCAGCUGCUGCCUCUUCAAGGGAAGCUGUGGUACAUGUGGUGCAAGAAGGACAAAGAGCUCACUCGCCUGCAGGAGAAGGGGAACAAGAGCAUAGAGCAUCACCGGAGCCAAACCGAAUCAGAGAAGUCAGAAAUAAGGAGAAAGCAACUGCGCAAAGCGUUCCCCCUCAAUGAGCUGAUGAAGUCGUUCCUUGGCUUUUUCCAGUCACAGACAGCAGAUACCAAGAAAUACUUCUUGCAGUGGAUGAAGGUCUUUAUGGAUGACUUGUCCUCUGAUCGCCUGGAUGAACUCAAGAGACGGUAUCACCAGUUAUGGUCUGACAUCCUGGCCAUGAAGAAGUGCAGUGAGGAAAAUGAUCUGAAAUCCAUGCGCCUGAGUCAGUUAGAGGCCCUCUCCAACGAAAUCAACGAUUCCUCUAUUGGCCUUGAGCACAUUUUAAGAGAGGUAGGGCAGAUUUACGAAGCUCUGGAGUCAAUGAACUCAAAGGAUCAGUGUUUUGCCAAACUGCCUGACGUUGCAGUUGAUCUGAUGGUUUCAGGAUACCCCAUUGAGCUGAUGGAUGGAGAUGCAUCUUACGUCCCGUUACGAUGGAUCGGAGCAGUCUUUGACAGGUUAAUUGAGAAGCUGGGAGAUAAGCGAGUGUUCGUCCUUUCAGUGCUUGGCAUCCAGAGCACAGGGAAGUCAACCCUGUUGAAUGCCAUGUUUGGUCUCCAGUUUAACGUCAGUGCCGGCAGAUGCACCCGGGGAGCAUUUAUGCAGCUAAUUAAACUGGACACGAAGCUGCAAGAAGAUGCUGGCUUUGACUACAUGCUAGUCGUUGACACAGAGGGGCUUCGUGCGAUAGAGGUGGCCAACAAACAGUCCCUCAAUCAUGACAACGAGCUGGCCACCUUUGUCAUUGGCAUUGGCAACAUGACUCUGAUAAAUAUCUUUGGGGAAAAUCCUUCGGAGAUGCAAGAUGUCCUUCAGAUUGCUGUGCAGGCUUUUCUGAGGAUGAAGCAGGUCAAUCUUUCCCCCAGCUGCCUGUUCGUACACCAAAAUGUGGGAGAGAUAACAGCCAAGGAGCAGAACAUGGAAGGGCAAAGACGGCUGCAGGAAAAGCUGGACAAAAUGACAGUGACAGCUGCCCAGCAGGAAUUCUGUGAUGCCUCCUGCUUCAGCGACGUCAUCCGCUUUGAUGUGAACACCCACAUCCACUACUUUGCCCACCUGUGGGAAGGAAACCCCCCGAUGGCACCACCCAACCCUACCUACAGCCAGAACGUUCAGGAAUUAAAAACCAAAAUCCUCCAAGCUGCCAAGAAGGAGUCGCAGGGCAGUGUUUUGAGGCUCUCAAGCUUGAAGGUUCGUAUCAGUGACCUCUGGAGUGCUUUGCUGAACGAAAACUUUGUGUUCAGCUUCAAGAACUCAGUGGAGAUUGCGACAUACAAGAAACUGGAAACCGCGUUUAGUGACUGGACCUGGCAGCUGAGGAGUUACGUCUUAGACUUGCAGGUGAAACUGGACAAUAGGAUUCGCAAUGGAGACUUGCAGAAAAUCACACCAGAAGACCUUGAGAUUCCAUUGCAAAAGACAAGUGAUGCCAUCAUGAAAAAGAUGGAGCAAUAUUUCAGUGAAGACACAGACAGUGAGAUCCUGGUCCAGUGGAAGAGCAGCACAGAACUGAAGCUGAGAGAACUAAAAGACUCUCUUCUCCUGGAAACAAGAAAGAAGUGUGAGAGUCUCAUUGAGCUGAAGAAGAGCCAGUGUAAAUUGGAUGAGAGGAAGUCAGACUACGAAAACGAGCUCCUAAAAAAGAGUAGGCAGUUGGCUCUGUCUCUGAAAGGCAAGAGGCUCAGAGAAAUGGAACUGCGAGACAACUUUAUUUCCCUCUGGGCUACCUGGAUUAUUGAGGUCGCCUCUGAUGCUCCCCCUCUGGAAAAAGUGGAUAUUGAUGUGGAAAUAGAAAAUGUCCUCCUAGAGCAGUUUAAGGAGCCCAACUUACAUGAACGAAUCAGGACCUUUCCCAAAUACAGGCAGUUUGCUCUUGACCCGGAGAAACAUGUUGCCAAGAAAAAAAAGUGGGGCAUCAUCAGCGGGACUUUGGAUAGCGCCGAGGUGGAGAAUAUCAACUACAUCACUAAGAACAUCAUAGCGCGCGUGGAGGCGAACAUCGACAGGAAAGAGAAGGAGAAAAGGGAUUACAGCCGAAGUUUUAUUCAUGAGAUACUGAACGAGGUACAGAAGGGCAUGGACACCGUCCCCAGCCAUGCAAAAUACAGCUUCAAAAAAGACUACAGGAUAGAUCUCUCGAUCUACCUGUGCAGAAUGGCAGCGAAGAGGUUUAAAGCCAUGCGCGAGGCGUUCGAAGAGGCAAAUGAUCCAACUGUCUACCUGGAGAGCAAGAGAGAAGAUUUCUUCAGGUGCUUCCAGAUUUCCUGCCAAGGAGCCACCUCCAUCACCAUGUUUGCUGGUUUUUUAUGUGACAAGAUUUCUCCAGCUCUUCGCCAGGCAGUUUACGAGAGGACAGCCCUUGCCAUAGCUCGAGACGUGAAGGGUAAGGUCCCAGAAUUCACAGGCAACAGGUACUCCCUGGAGGUUUGCCUACUGAAGUACCUGGCAGAGAAAGAGAAUUUUGAGUACUUCAAGCAGUACUUAAUCAACCCAAAAGAUGCUUUGGAGCGUUACAUCAAGACACGUGUUAGGAAGUACUGUUUAGAUGAGAACAGGAGGCUAGAGAAGUUUUUGGAUGACUCCCUUACUCACCUCUACGAAAGCAUCCAGUCAGCAGUUUUUGCCUCAACCAAAGUUGUCAAGGACCGAAAGGACAGGAAUGACAAAAUCUCCCUUUGGCUGGACAAUUUUUGCAGCAGGCUUGCAGCGGAGCUGAACCUGCCCAGGAGGGACCUGAAGAGCAUUGAACAUCAGGAGAUAGCAGACAUAGAGUUCCUGAAUAAUGCCAUGACAGAAGCACUGUGUUUCAUGAAGGAUCAACUCAAGAAAGAGCUUGCUGGUGCCGAUAUGAGCUCAUUCGAACAGCAGCCUCACACAAUCCUGGCUAAGCAGUUUGCAGGGUGCUGGAAUAUGUGUCCCUUUUGUGGGUCUGUUUGCACAAACACCAUACAAAACCACGAUGGAAACCAUCAGGUCUUCUUCCAUCGUCCACAAGCUUUAGCAGGGGGGAAGUGGCAUAAGACAGACCAUCUGGUCAUUGACAUCUGCUCUAGCAAUGUUGCAAGCGAUAACCUGUUCCUGCUUGAUGCAGACACAUGGAUCCCCUACAAGAAAUACAGGGAGGCAGGAUAUCCUUACAACACUUGGAACAUUCCCCCUGACACAUCCGUGCAAGCAUACUGGAAAUGGUUUGUGUAUCAUUUCAGAGUGAAUUUGGAGAAGCUCUACAGUGGAAGAUUCCAGGGCAAAGGAGAAAUCCCUCCGUUGUGGAAGACAAUUACAAAGGAUGAUGCACUUGGUGAACUGGAGAGGCUUCGUGGCCAAGUUAACAAGAAGGGAGAACUGCAGUGACUUUGUGUUUGAGAAGGAAAUGCUACAAGUCUCCACAGCCCUGAUUCCAAUGUGGAAAAUUGAAAAUGCUACCUGGAGCAGAGUGUUAUGGGUUCAGAUUGCAACUUGAGAAGCUUCCUGUUCUGCUUGCUGCUUUUGGAUUCUGGUUUCAUGGGGGUUGGCUGUUUUCUGCAGGCAUGGCAGUGAGAUGGGUGGCAGUUGGGCAGCUGCUGGCUUUGGGUUUCUGUUUUGUGCUGGGGUUUCCCUCCAACCCCCCUGUAUUUCACUGCACUUCUGCACGUAUGCUAAGCUAUGGUGAUCAUGCAUUACAUUACUGGAUUAAUUAGGCUAUUAGCUAAAGUGAUUACACAUUGUGAUUAUGAUAUCUUAUGUUGUAU